AUGGAAGGCCAACCUAAAGGAAAGCGACGACAGCGGUUGCUCAAUCGCAUUCAGCGUAUUUCUUCCUCGCCUUCAUUAGCACAACUGGGCCGGCCACGCGCUUCCAGUGCUCCCUACGGUACGCGGGGAACUCUGUCUUGUGUAAGUCUGGCAGGGACGUCGCCCUUUGGCCAACACACCCCGAGCUCGUCUUCGUCGGGGUAUUUCAGCAAUGGUCAAUCUAUUCCCGGCAGUCCUACGGUUGAGUUUCCCGCCUUUGAUGGCAUCGAGACUCGCCUUGCGAUUCGGAAGGUCAACAAUGGCUCUACGCCGUGUCUGACUUCAGCCUUGCCGACAGAAUUUGCUGCGACUCGAUCCCAAUCCGGCACUGCUGUACGAAAACUGCCGUACGACUUCUGGGCGAACAUGCCAGAUGAAAUACGCGUACACAUAUUCUCUUACCUUCGUCCGAAAGAGCUCGUCCGUGUAUCCCGCGUCAACAAGGAAUUCCAUGGUUAUUGCUUUGAUGGCCAGCUAUGGACGAGGUUCGACGCAACCGACUUCUACCAAAAUAUACCUGCAGAAUCUCUGGCAAAAAUUAUAGUGGCGGCAGGCCCCUUCGUGAAGGAUCUCAACUUGAGAGGUUGUGUUCAAGUGGAGCAUUGUAAGCGUGCCGAAGUGGUCGUUACGGCUUGCAAGAACCUCAUCAACGCUACCCUGGAGGGUUGCCGGAAUUUCCAGAAAUCAACACUGCAUAAUCUCAUCAAAGCCAACGAGAAGCUGGCAAACCUCAACCUGACAGGACUACCCGCCGUGACGAAUAGUACUUGCAGAAUUAUUUCCCAGCACUGCCCGCAACUGGCGACUUUCAACGUGUCUUGGUGCAAGCACAUGGAUGCCAGAGGCAUUAAGAUAGUCGUCCUCAAUUGUCCUAAGCUGAGGGACGUGAGAGCAGGAGAGAUCAAGGGCUUUGAUAACAUUGAAGUCGCCCAGGCCAUUUUUGACACCAAUAGACUCGAACGCCUGGUUCUGAAUGGCUGUGUGGAGCUCACCGAUGAUGCAUUGAGGACCAUGGUUCACGGUACGAAACCAGAGAUAGAUAUUCUCACGGAUCGGCCGGUUGUUCCCGCCAGAAAACUCCGGCAUUUGGAUUUGAGUCGCUGUCGCCACCUGACAGACCGCGGCGUCGCGGCUCUGGGGUACCUGGUCCCGGAGCUGGAAGGUUUGCAACUCAGUGGCUGCACUGCGCUCACCGAUUCUGCGUUGGAACCCAUUCUGGCGACCACCCCUUACCUCACUCAUCUUGAGCUGGAAGACUUAUCGGAAUUGACCAACUCUAUCCUAUCGGAACAUCUAGCGAAGGCUCCUUGCGCAGCCAAACUCGAGCAUCUCUCCGUGAGCUAUUGUGAGAGCCUUAGCGACGCUGGCAUGUUGCCUGUUUUCAAAAAAUGUGUCAGUCUCAGGAGUGUUGAUAUGGACAACACUCGUAUCGGUGAUCUGGUACUCGCCGAGGCUGCUGCGAUGGUGCGGACUCGUGCCGCCCGUUCAUCAGUCCGUGGCUCCCGACCGUGCAUAGGACUUCAUUUGGUCGUUUACGACUGCCAAAUGGUGACCUGGACAGGAAUCCGCGAGAUACUUUCGUGGAACGCUGAGAUCAGGAACCCAUCUGGUACAGCCCCAACGUAUCCCACAGAAAUCAUUGGACUGAAGUGUUUUUACGGUUGGCAGCAGACGGUCGAUCAGCAUACCCAAAGAGUGUUGAGGGGAGAUUACUCUGCGGCAGGCAGACUGGAACGCAAGUGGGCGGAUUAUAUGCAAGCCGUUGAGGAAGCUGGAGCAACGGGCGCUGGGAUACGCCGGCGACGGCGCAGGGCGAGGGAGGCCCAGCUGCUGCAUGCAGAUGAGGAAGAAGGUGGUGGACGCCGCCGUGCUAGAACUGUCGCAUCGUCUUGUGCCAUCAUGUGA